AUGGCAAGGAAAGAGUAUGCCGAAGAGAAAAGAAUCUUGAAGCUCAAGGAAAUAGAGGAGAGGAGUGAGGCCGAGCGGCGAACGGCGGCGGCCGAGGAGAAGAGGGCGGCAUCCGAGGAGAGGAAGGUGGAACUAGAGGAGAAGAAGGCCGCGGCCGACGAGAGGAAGAUGGUAGAAGAGAGGACACUCAAGUUUAUGUUUAUGGACACAUCAACUAUUGAUGCCAAGGCAAAGGCAUAUGUUGAACUUUGUCGCGAUGAAAUGCUCAUGAAGAAGCAAAUGCUCAUGAGGCAAAUGAUGAUGGGAGGAGGCAUGGGAGGAGGCAUGGGAGAUGCCAUGGGUGGAGCCAUGGGAGGUUACAUGAACACGAUUGGAGGUGCCAUGAGUGGUGCAUUUGGCGGAAACAUGGGCGGUGGGUUCGGUGGCAACAUGGAAGGUGGCUUUGGCGGCAUGGGAGGUGGCUUUGGCGGCAUGGGAGGUGCUUUUGGCGGCAACAUGAUGGGUGGCUUGGGAGGUGGCUAUGACGGCAACAUGAGUGGUGUUGGAGGUGGAUAUGGCGGCAACAUGGGAUGCAAUGAAGAUGGUUCCGGUGGUGCUCACGGCAACGAGAGUUCACCGCUUGUUGAGAACGUCGACAAAGACGGUGAUGGAGAUGAUCAUCGUACCACGGUUCACAACACCGGUGGUGUUGAUGACCAAAUGAGUGAUAUUCAUGUGCAUUUUAAUUUCUAG